CUGUGCUGCUGACCUCCCGCCGUGUGCCGGGCUCUAUGCGGCCGCACGACCAUGAAUCUGCACCAGGUGCUGACCGGAGCCGUCAACCCGGGGGAUAACUGCUUCUCCGUGGGCAGCCUGCAGGAGCAACCCAUCACGGCUUAUGCAUCUGGAUGUGAUGUGGUAAUUUUGGGAAGUGAUUUUGAAAGACUACAAGUAAUCCCAGGAGUCCAACAUGGAAAUGUGCUGGUGGGAUGUGUUGACUGUUCCAUGCAGCAGGGCAGAAUUGCAGCAUCGUACAACAAUGUAAUUUGCAUUUUUGAACCAAUAAAUCUCUUGAAACAGAAGAAUUCUCUGUUCCAAGGAGUUAAUUCGCAAUGGCAGAAAAGUGGCCAUAUACUUUUAGACUCUAUUGUACAUAAUCUAACUUGGGAUCCUACAGGUACACGUUUGUUAACUGGCUCAAGCAGCCUCCAGCUCUGGUCCAAUAUAAAUGCAGGCAAGUUAUCCAAUGAAGAUUCUCAGGAGAAAGCAGACACAGAUUUUGUCACCUGGACAUGCAUCUGGCAGUGCAAUUCUGUAUUUUGCAGAACAGCAUUUUCAAUCCACUUAAUGAAGUUUUCCCCAGACGGAGAAUUUUUUGCCACUGCUGGAAAGGAUGACUGCUUAGUAAAGGUCUGGUACAAUAGUGAAAGCUGGCACUCAGCUGUCUCAUCUCCAGUUACCAGUCCUGAGAAAGAAGGUCAAGAAGAAGUAGAAUUUUCUUUCAUCUACCUGGCUCAUCCUCGAGCAGUAACUGGGUUUUCUUGGCGAAAGACAAGUAAAUUCAUGCCACGGGGCUCUGUGUGUAAUGUUCUUCUCACAUGCUGUAAGGACAAUGUCUGCCGCCUCUGGGCAGAGACUUUGCUGCCCAAUGACAGUCUUUUAUGUGGCGAUGGUUUCAGCCAAAAAAUUGAGCCAGACAGCUUAAACAAUAACUUCAAAAGAAAUCCAUCAAGUAAAGAGCGUGUGCAAAGUGCACUCGAGUUGAACUUGAGGCAUUUUCGUAGAGGAAGAAGAAGUUCUUUAGCACUGGUAGCGCAUACUGGAUACCCUCCUCACCAGCAGGAUGCUCAUGAGGUUCAUCGAAAUGCGCCGUUUCAUGGAAAUGCACUUUGUCACUUUCACAUUGCUGCCAGCAUCAAUCCAGCCACAGACAUUCCUCUUCUUCCUUCCAUAUCAUCAAUGAGUCUUGGAGACACUGAAGAAAAAAAUGGACCUUUUGUUGUACAUUGGCUAAAUAACAAGGAGUUACAUUUUUCCUUGUCAAUGGAAGUCUUUCUUCAACAACUGAAGAAAAGCUUCGACCAGCAGUCUUCAGAAGCUAGUACGGAAGAAACAAACCUGGUUGAGGGGAAUUCAGAUGAAGAAAAUGAUUCUUUUGGGGAAACUGAUACCAAAGCGGCCACGGAAAAGAAAGAAGUAAAUGGUGAAAAAGCUGUCUCAAAUUCUUCCUUCCCAUCCUCUGUUAUUGAUCAUGAAACUGAAGUCCUGCUGUCAGAAUGGAACAAGAACCCAGACAUGUUGUUUAGUAUUCAUCCUGUGGAUGGCUCUUUGCUUGUGUGGCAUGUUGAUUGGCUGGAUGAAUAUCAACCUGGCAUGUUUCGUCAAGUUCAGGUGUCAUUUUCAUGUAGAAUUCCAGUAGCAUUCCCAACCGGAGAUGCAAACUCUCUCUGCCGGAGUAUUGUGAUGUAUGCCAGCACAAAAAAUGUAGACUUGGCUAUUCAGCAGGGUAAUCAAAAGCCUUCAGGUGUGGCACGUUCAUCUUCAAUGCUAAUAUCCGCUGGCCAGAAUAAAUCAUCCAGCAGUCUAAAACUGAGCAUAUUCACUCCCAAUGUCUUGAUGAUCUCCAAGCAUGCCGAUGGGUCACUAAACCAGUGGCAGGUCAGCUUUGCCGAGGAAUCUGCCUUUUCGACCGUGCUCAGUAUUUCUCACAAGUCUAGAUACUGUGGUCAUCGCUUUCAUCUCAGUGACCUAGCCUGCCACUCUGUGCUGCCACUCCUGUUGACAACGUCUCACCACAACUCUUUGCAUCCAGUAGAAGACAGUAGUGGCAGAAUCUCACACAAUUCUUCCCAAGGAGAUUAUAAUUGUAAUCAGAAUGAAGUGGAAGCCGAUAAAACCUGGCAAGAUCCAAAUGCAGUGUAUAGUGAACUUAUCCUUUGGAGAGUAGACCCUGUGGGACCUCUGUCUUUCUCUGGUGGAGUUUCUGAGCUGGCUCGUAUCAAUUCUCUCCAUGUUUCCGCUUUCUCAAAUGUAGCUUGGUUGCCAACUCUUAUACCAAGUCAUUGCUUAGGAACCUACUGCAAUUCCCCGAGCGCAUGUUUUGUUGCAAGUGAUGGCCAGAACUUGAGAUUAUAUCAGGCUGUGAUUGAUGCUAAAAAGCUGCUGUGUGAACUGUCCAACCCAGAUAUCUCAAAAUAUGUUGGGGAGGUUUUUAACAUCAUCAGUCAGCAAUCUACAGCUAGACCAGGAUGCAUUAUUGAACUAGAUGCCAUCACCAGCCUGCAUGGCAGAAAAACACAGCUGUUACAUGUGUUUCAAGAAGACUUCAUACUGGGAAAUCUAAAGAAAACAGGCUCAUCUGGAAUAAGUGGUCUUCUAUCCGAUUCCGAAAACUCCCAGGGUGGGUUUUCAGAAAAAUUCUACUUGGUGGUGAUUGAAUGCACAAAAAACAAGUACUCUGUGCUGCAUAUGUGGAAAUUACACCUGGAAUCUAUCCCUGUCUCUCUGGAGGAUAGAUCUGGCUUGGAUUUAUCAGAAAAUACUCAACCAAAAGAAGACUCUUUUAGUUCUGCUUCAGGAGAAAAGGUUCAGUCCCCACUAACUCAAAGAUACCAGACCUGUAAAGCAAAUUUACAGAGUACAAGCAAGAUGUCCCUUUCGUCAGAGCUUGUGUACAGCCAAGAACUAAGUUUGCCUGAUGGUGUGGAAGUUAUUAGUGUUAAACCAUCUGCAGGGCUCCUCAGUUCUUCUUCUAUAUACCCCGUUUGUAAUGCUCCUUACCUGUUAGCAACAUCUUGCUCUGAUAGCAAAGUGAGAUUCUGGAGGUGCAAAGUCGAUUCAGACCUUUCACUUUCUCCGUCUGAUCUGGAGAAUGGCAUUGUGUACACGUGGGAAGAAUGGCCUUUGUUAAAUGAGGAUGGUUUACAAAACAGUGCUGUGAGUAUACCAGGAAGGCCAAUAGAGGUAAGCUGUGCACAUACAAACUGCCUGGCAGUAGCAUUCAAGCAGACGCCAAGUAAAACUACCAACUCUUCUCAUGAAUUUUUGAUGCAUGUUAGCAUCUUUGAAUGUGAAUCCACUGGAGGCUCUUGUUGGAUUCUGGAACAGACUAUUCAUUUGGAUGAACUAAGUACAAUGUUGGAGACUGGAAUUAGUAUUGACCAUAAUCUUGUAGCUUACCAUAAACAAGAUUUGGUGUUAUCUUCCAACCACCAGCUUCAGCGGAGCACAAAACACUUGGUUCAUUUGGACUGGAUGUCCAGGGAGGAUGGUUCACAUAUAUUAACCAUUGGUAUUGGUUGCAAACUACUUAUGUAUGGUCAAGUUUCAAGAAGACUACCAGAACACUCCUCUAAGGAAGACUUUGCAUUACAGCUUUGGGAUACUGCCAAAAACACUUCUCAGCCAAGGUUUGUACUGUUGAGAUGUGUAGAUUUGGUGUCUUCUGUGGAAGGGUCCCUGCCUUUACCAGUGUCCUUGUCUUGGGUUCGGGAUGGUAUACUUGUUGUUGGGAUGGAUUGUGAAAUGCAUGUCUAUUCCCAAUGGCAACCUUUUUCUAAGCAGGAUUCAUCCAGCUCAGAUUCUUUUAAUGGAAGCACCCCAUCUAUAACAAAUUUGGUCAGGCAAAGCCAGUCUGUUGCAUCUGGUCUCUAUCCACCAAAGAAAGCCAUGACAAGGUCAAUGACUAGCUUAGCACAAAAACUUAUGGGGAAAAAAACUGCAUAUGAUCUCCCUGUGGAGAUGGAAGACUUUGGACUCUUUGAAGCUGCUCAUGCAUUAUUUCCAAUUUUACCUCAGUAUCAUCCAUUGCAAUUGUUAGAAUUGAUGGAUCUAGGAAAAGUUCACAGAGCGAAAGCUAUCCUUUCUCACCUAGUAAAAUGCAUUGCGGGGGAAGUGGUCUCUAUUAACGACAAUGAACCUAAUCCUGAGCGCAGGCUCCGCUCACUCUCCAUUAGUGCCAGUGGAAGCACUUCUCGGGAUCCCAAAACGUUUAGGAAAACAGAGACUGCAGAUUAUACAGAAAUCGAUUGUGUUCCUCCUCUACCUUUGUAUGCACUUCUUGCUGCAGAUGAAGAUUCCUCUUUUAAUUCCUCAGUAGAAAAAUCCAGCACUCACAACAAUUCCAACAAGCAAAAUGAUAGCAAUGCAAAUGGAGAAAACUAUGAUGAACUUUUCCAGGUUCCUCCUCUGAGCACUGAUGAACUUACAACCUUGGAUUCCGAAGAAGAAAACACUAAACCACAAGUCAUCGACCUUUCUCAGUUCAGCCCCACUCAUUUUGGUCCGGAACAUUCAAAGGUUUUAUCUAGACAUUUACUCCAUUCUAGCUUACCUGGUUUGACAAGCAUUGAGCAGAUGUCUCUAAUGGCACUAGCAGAUACUAUUGCCACGACAAGUACCGAUAUUGGAGAAAGCAGAGACCGUAGUCAAGGUGGUGAGACUCUUGAUGAAUGUGGCCUAAAAUUUUUCCUGGCUGUUCGUCUUCAUACAUUUCUCACUACUUCCAUUCCUCCACCAUACAGAGCUCAGCUUUCUCAUCAAGGCUUGUCUACAAGUCAUUUUGCAUGGGCUUUUCAUUCUGUGGCGGAAGAAGAGCUCCUUGCUACACUCCCAGCAAUGCAGAAAGGUGACCCCACCUGGGCAGAGCUCAGGGCAAUGGGGGUAGGUUGGUGGGUGAGAAACACAAACAACUUACGGAAGUGUAUCGAAAAGAUUGCAAAGGCAGCUUUCCAGAGAAACAAUGACCCCUUAGAUGCCGCAAUAUACUACCUUGCCAUGAAAAAGAAAGCUGUGAUCUGGGGAUUAUAUAGGUCUCAGAGAGAUGCAAAGAUGACUCAGUUUUUUGGGAACAACUUUAGUGAAGAGAGAUGGCGGAAAGCGGCUCUGAAGAAUGCUUUUUCUCUACUCGGCAAACAACGCUUUGAGCACUCUGCAGCUUUCUUCCUUCUAGCUGGAUCUCUGAAGGAUGCUGUGGAGGUUUGUCUUGAAAAAUUACAUGACAUCCAGCUUGCUCUUGUGAUAUCAAGACUUUAUGAAUCUGAAUUUGAAAAAUCUUCAACUUAUAAAUCCAUUUUGCAGAAGAGGGUGCUGGGUAUAGAGUCAUCUGGCCGAGAGCCCACUCUGUCUUCUAUGCACCCUGACCCCUUUGUGCGCAGCAUGGCUUACUGGAUUUUGGAGGAUUACAAAAAAUCAUUAGAAACUCUGUUGAAACAGCUGUUUAGAGAUGAAGAAGGGGACUCCUGGAGCUUGUCAUCAAGUUGUGAUCCAUCAGUGUUUAAUUUCUACAAUUUCUUAAGAACUCACCCUAUGUUGUUAAGGCGACACUUUGGAUCUUCAGAGUCCUCUUCUACCAAAAUGCGUCUGUCUGUAGAAAAUGGCUUAGCUGACAGAAUUAACUUGGGUGAAAGAAAGUUAUUCUUUACAACGGCACAUGCUCAUUUAAGAGCUGGUUGCCCAAUGUUGGCUCUUGAAGUAUUAUCCAAAAUGCCAAAAGUAGUAAAGAAGUCAAAGCCAUUGCUUCGAACUUCAAGUUUAGCAGAUACAAGCAAGGUGUCUACACCAUUGUCUCCUUUACUUGGAGAGAAGAAAGACUCAGCUUGUGACUUUGAUUGGUCAAGCUCCUUGGUCAAUGGAGUAUCUGAUGCAUCCUCAGAUAAGAAGCCACAUUCUGCCCAUUUAUUUGACUGGAGUCAGCCAUCAAUGGCAAUUGAAGAUGAGCCUUUAGAAUUAAAGUGGGACAGUGAUAGAGAUGACGAGUCUGAAGGGUCUGAGGUGUCCAUCAAAGAUAUAAAGCCUUCACAAAGUUCAGAAAGUGAUAAACCAGAGGCAACCACUACUAGUUACUCAGAAUCUAUGAGCAUUAAUGAAAAUGAUGUCCUUAGUCUCUGUGAAGACGCGAUAGCUGCACAGUUAAAAUUUAGAGCUUGUCUGAAGAUUCUUACUGGUGAGCUGCGGACAUUGUCCACUGGUUAUGAGGUGGAUGGUGGCAAACUGCGAUAUCAGUUGUAUAGUUGGUUGGAGAGGGCUGUAGUUGCCCUUCAGAAGAUAUGUGAUUAUAGCACUAACCUGGAUGAGCCAAAUUUGGCAGGAGCUAUUGAUUAUUCUUAUGACGACAGUUCCGAUAAUUCUUGUGAUCAAGCGGCAACAAAACAGAGUAAAGAACUUUUUCAGAGACGCCAGUGGUUACUGAAAUUCCAGUCCCUUUUGAGAAUGUUUCUGAGUUUUUGUGUCCUGCAUGGAUCUCAUGGUGGUGGACUGGCCUCAGUCCGAAUGGAAUUAAUAUUGCUUCUUCAAGAGUCUCAGCAGGAUACGUCUCUGAUUUCCAAUCCUCAGACAGAACAGACUUCAAUUCCACUUUUAUUAGCUUGCACAGCAAGUGCCAAAACUGUUGUGGCCAAUCCUUUAUUACAUCUCAGUAACUUAACUCAUGAUAUUCUGCAUGCCAUCAUAAAUCUCGAUUCACCACCUCAUCCUGAUGUCCGUAAUAAUAAGAUAUAUGUAAUGCACACUCUGGCUGCAUCUCUCUCUGCUUGUAUCUAUCAGUGCCUUUGUGGAGCACCAGCCAGCAGUUCCUCCCUUCAAACCAACCCAUUUACAGGGAUGGUGUACCAGAGUGUUCUCCUUAUCCAAAGGCAACCUCUGCGCAAUGUGGAUGAAGCUGUCAUACCAAACACCUCACCCACCCAUUGGCCAGGAAUAAGUAGUUUAAUCCGCCUACUUAACUCUGCUGGGGAAGAAGCCCAACCAGGCCUUACAAUCCUGCUUUGUGAGAUUCUUACUGCUGUGUACCUGAGUCUCUUCAUCCAUGGAUUAGCCACUCAUUUAAGCCAAGAGUUGUUCUGUACCGUUGCCCAUCCUUUGGGUGACAAAAUGUGGUCUGCAGUUUUCGGCGGAGGAGCUCGAAUUCCGUGCAGGGGACAAAUGCCAGUAAAACCAGUCACAGGAAAAUACUUUUCUAUUCCUAGCCCUCAUCAGGUAGUUGUGUUCUCCAUGGAAUGUGUUGGCUUUUCCAAAGCCCUUACUGCCAUCAGUACCCAUAGCCCUCCCAGCCCUUCAGCUGUUGUAUCUUCUCCAGUUGAAGAAAAUGACAAGGCUGUAAAGAAAUUCAGACUUCCCACAAAAGCUCAGCUUGCAGAAAGCCCGUCUGCUUUUGCUUCACCAGUGUUAGACCAGGGUUCAUCCAUUUUCCGUGAGAAAUUUAUCCCACCCGAACUCAGCAUCUGGGAUUAUUUCAUAGCAAAGCCUUACUUGCCAAUGUCACAAAAUAGACUAGAAUAUGAUUCUGAGGACAGCCAAGGAAGUGAUGAUGAGGAAGAAGAUAUGUCCUUUUCUGAUGUCCAGAUUCAAGAACAUUCAAAUCCUAACUCAUACAGUUGGGCUCUAAUGCGUCUUGCGAUGGUGCAGUUUGUGCUUCAGAAUCUGAAGAGCUUUUACCCAUUAGCUGGACAUGAACUUUCAGAACUUCCAGUGGCUUCUCCACUAUGCCAUGCCACACUAAAGACUUUGCAGAGAUGGGAGCAAGUACUUUUAAGACGACUCGAACUCUAUGAGGGCCCCCCACAAGACUUCAUUACCAUACCAACCCCAGAGGAGGCCUUGUCUGCUGGUCCUGCUAUCCUGAGGCAUAAAGCUUUGCUAGAGCCAACAAAUACACCCUUCAAGUCAAAGCAUUCAAGCACGUUACCUGUAAAGAGACUUUGGCAAUAUCUUGUAAAACAGGAGUCAAUCCAAGACACCUUCAUCAGAAACAUUUUUACUAAGAAAAGAUCACUCAAUGAGACAGAAGCUGAUUUGGCAUCCUCAGGAGGAAGGGCACGCAUAAUCCAUAAAGAGUCUGAUAUAAUCACUGCUUUUGCAGUAAAUAAAGCCAACAGAAACUGUGUUGCAAUUGCUUCAAGUCAUGACAUCCAGGAGCUUGAUGUGUCUGCAAUCUUGGCCACCCAGAUUUUUUCAUGGAUUGACGAUGACUUUGAAAUGGAGAAUAAAGGACCUGAUGACUUUCUGGUUGUACACACCCGAGAUGAUAUUUCAGCAGUUCAAGGCUCAACUCCUUACACCCAUAGUAAUCCAGGAACACCUAUAAAUAUGCCCUGGUUAGGAGGAAUUCAAACAGGAAGAGGUGCCUCUGUGAUGAUAAAGAAGCAGAUCAAAGAUGUACGAAGAAUGGCAUCACAUCCAACCCUGCCUUACUAUCUCACUGGUGCUCAAGAUGGCAGUGUAAGAAUGUUUGAAUGGGGUCACGCUCAGCAGAUAACUUGCUUCAGGACAGGUGGAAAUACAAGAAUAACUCGAUUAAAGUUUAACCACCAAGGAAACAAGUUUGGAAUAGUUGACGCUGAUGGCUUUAUCAGUCUCUAUCAGACCAACUGGAAAUAUAGUGCUGCUAGUGGAAGCCCUGCCAAGCCUUACUUGACAUGGCAGUGCCAUAAUAAAACCGCCAAUGACUUUCUUUUCAUCAGUUCAUCCUCUCUGAUAGCAACAGCUGGGCAGUCAAGUGAUAACAGAAAUAUCUGUUUGUGGGAUACAUUGGUCACCCCGGCAAACAGUUUAGUUCAUGCUUUCACCUGCCAUGAUAGCGGAGCAACUGUUAUAGCAUAUGCACCAAAAAAUCAGCUCUUAAUAUCAGGAGGAAGGAAGGGUCUCAUUUGCUUAUUUGACCUGCGUCAGAGACAGCAGCGGCAUGCCUUCCAGAGUCAUGAUUCUGCUGUUAAGGCGAUUGCUGUUGACACAACAGAAGAAUAUUUUAUCACUGGAUCCGCAGAGGGUAACAUUAAGGUCUGGAGCCUGACGACACUAACUCUAAUGCACACUUUCCUCAAUGAGCAUGCACGCCAGUCCAUCUUCAGAAAUAUCGGAACAGGUGUGAUGCAGAUUGAGACCGGACCAGCCAAUCACAUUUUUUCUUGUGGUGCAGAUGGAACUGUCAAAAUGAGAAUAUUGCCAGACCGUUUUAGUACAGUUACCGACCUUUUGAAAAAUGAAGUCAAAUUUGUUCUCUGAACUUUUUACUUUGUGUAGUUUAACCCUGUGGACUCUCUUCAAUGCAUUGUACUGCACUAGCACUGAAAGUGGAUUGAAAUGUGAUGUGUUAGGGAAGAAAAGUGGCCGGCAGAUAAAAUGUGCAAUGCUUUAAAGAUGUGCCACUGUGAUGCUUUGCGCAGUUUGUAUUUAUUUUUUCUCGUUUUUGCCCUUGACGCACUGAUGCCUUAAAUGAUUAACACAAUCAUUCAUCUAUUGAAUGCUAUGUUGCCUAAAAUAGGAAAAUGGAUACAUUUGUAAAAUAAGAUAUAUACAUUUAUAUAUUCCUACAUAAUUGUGCUGCUGCUGUUUUUUUGUUCUUCUAAAAAAAAAUAAUGUUUGUACAUGUGUUUAAAAUCUGCACACUUGGAGAAUAUUUUAUUAGCUAGGUAAUAUUUAAAGCUUAUGAUUUAAUGAUAGUUAUAUAUACAGAAAUGAAGAUAAAUUAUAUUUUAGGGCAAUCAAAGCUAAUUAAAAAAUGAAAUACGUUAUACUGUUAGGUAUACUUUUACCUAUGUAGAAGAAAAAAUUCCUGGGUCACAAAGGAAAAAAAAAACUUUUUCCGCAAUUUGUUCUUGGCUUAUAUUUAUUAAAAUGUCCUGUAAAAGCACUUGCAUAACUCUAUUACAGUACAACAGUUUUUUUUUUGUAUUUGUCAGAUUUAUAGAAAGGUGUAUAUAUACAUCUUUUGAUUUCUUAAAACGUAGGUUUAUUAAUAAUAAUCUAACUCUAUUUUAAGUUUGCAAUAAACUGCAAUAGUCCCAAUCUCCCAUUCACACUGGGGUUCAGGAAAUUGGGGAAGUGCCUAAGCUGAAAUGACAUGCAUUGUGAAUUUUCCAUUUAUUAUUCUAUACAUUUUUUAGAUACACACAGAAAUGGAUACAAAAUAGGAUUAGUAAAAGUAAUUAGUUAAUAAUUCUAUAAUAAUGCUGUACUGUAUUGGCUUUAGCUGCCCCUGUGUUGGCCUUUUACAUGAAGGGAACAAGGUUUGCUAUUUUUUGGAAUAAAAUACUGGUUCUGCAGGGUCAGUAGAAAUCCAUAUCCCUAUGUUAUUACAAUUGUUUAGGUUCUUUUACACAAUGCAAUUCUUAGCUGAACGGGACGAUUAUUGCUCCAUGUAGAUGCGAUUAACUCAAUUCUUCAUAUGAUUGCAUCCUUUAUGCCUAUAAAUCUUAAUUUGUCAGAAGAACAUUUCCCCUUGUUAACAGGUGAUGUUCUUCUGACAAUAAUAAAAAAAAGUAAUUGCUUAGUCCCAACAAUUGGGACAUUUAAAGGGUUGUUUUAGCAAGCAUGAAAGGGGUACUACCGUGCUGACAACUUAUCCCCUAUCUAAAGGAUAGGGAAUAAGUUGCCUGACCCCGCAAUCUCGCACACAGCACCCUGCCCUCAUCAGGCCCCGGAGCGAACAUCGAUCCGGGUUUGAUGACUGCCGAUCACGGGGCCAGAGUAUUGUGACGUCACGGCUCCGCCCCCAUGUGAUGUUACGCUCUGCCCCUCAAUGUAAGUCUAUGGUAGGGUGCGAGACAGCUGUCUCGCCCCCUGCCAUAGACUUGCAUUGAGGGGCGGAGCGUGAUGUCACACGGGGGCGGAGCUUUGACGUCACGAUCACCGGCCCCGUCAUCAGACCCGGAGCGGAUGAUCGCUCCGGGGCAUGAUGUGAGCGGGUUGCUGCGUGCGAGAUCGCAAGGGUCCCCAGCAGCGGUACCCCACGCGAUCAGGCAACUUAUCACCUAUCCUUUAGAUAGGGGAUAAGUUGUCAGCACGGUAGUACCCCUUUAAUUGACUGGUGCAUAGUUGAUCAACAUUCAUAUUAGGCAGUUGUCUCUCUUUAAACAGGCCCUUGUUCCCUUCAUGACAUUGAGGCUACAUCUUAACAUCCUGGCUCCCAAUGGGGAAUGAUUGGUGGGAUGUAGGAGUUGAUUGCUGUCUAACCUGCAUUUUCAUAUUUUGAAAAUCGUCUUAAAGACGUUUGACCAAAAGACUAGAAAAGCACAAAAAAAAUACUUUAACUUUCAUUAUUCAUUUUUUUCCCUUCAUGUUUAUUUUCUGUACUACAGCUGCAUAGGUCUAGUUAUUGCUAAGCCAAUGUUCUCUUUGUUACAUGACUAAAUCUAUUCUGGCUUAAAGGUAAAGUCAAAACUUUCUCUGGCUAAUGUAAAUAAAUGAUGUAUUCAGGAGGCAUAUUCCAGGUAAUUCUUGCUUUUCCCUGAUAACUCAGUUUUGUUUGACUUUAGUUUUAAGAGAACCAGGUCAGUAAGAAAGAUUUAUGUGCUUAAACAUACACUUUUAAUAGCUGCCAGACGAAUGUUCUUCUCUGAAGAUGGUCGAACCUUCAUGAGUUUUCCGUGGCUAGAGGAUGGGUAAACCACUGCCAUACAGCUCUAGCGGCAGUAUAUCUCCCUCAGAACAAAAGUUAUAACUCAACAUGCCCAGUCCUUCUCUUCAUCAUCUGCUGUGGAAUGAUAAACAGUCGGCCAGUACAGUCAAAGUCGGUGGGUUUGGCCAUUUAUUGUCUAAAGUGUAAGCUAUAAAGUCAGCAGCUGCAGUAUAGAAAACAGUUUGACAAGUUUCAUGCCAUCAACAGCCUCCUGAAUUGUUUAUUUCCAUUAGUCAGAAGAACGUUCUAUUAAUAUCUACUACAGUGCAUUAGCCAGUUCUGUGACUGUGGCAAUAACUGUAAAGUAACACAAUGUAACAUGCUAAUUAUGGUUUAGGUGCAAAUCAUCAUAUUCAUACAUUCUCAGGACUUGGGUUUUUUAAAUUACAAUAGUAAGGAAAACUUUUUAAACUAUAUUUUAAUUAUUUGAAAUGUUUGAAAAGUCACAAAAUUCUGAAUAUAAGCUUAUUAAGAGGUGCAAUAACAUGACAAGUAAAUCGAGUUCUACAAUAUAAAAUUGAAAUCUAGUAAUGCUAAGUAACAAUUGACCAUAACUGUGUUAAUAGACUGUUUAAAGUAAAAAAAAAUUCUAGAUUACCGUAAUGAAUCUACCAUGGGAACAAUUGUGUCUUUCAAUCUCAGUUUCUAAUGAAUAAAAAAAAAAUCAUGUGAUUUGUCAUGUACCAAGCAACCAUCUUUUCAAUAAACUUAGAGACCAUAAAGUCUA